GGGAAGUAAUCUAUACUAAACAGACAUUUUCGAUGAAUGCUUUAUAAAUAGCUGUCUACAUUUCUGGGGUUGCAGAAUAUUGGAUGUCAAGGGUAAUUAGAUUCUGAUGUCAGACUACAUUGCACCAGUGGGAGCUUCUCUACUACCUCAUAUUGGAGGAAUCUUAGGUGGUUUUGUAACAAAAAAGAACAUGAAAACAUGGUUUGAACAUUUAGAAAAACCUUCAUGGAAACCACCUAACUGGGUAUUUGGUCCAGUCUGGACAACGUUAUACACUAGUAUGGGAUAUGCCUCGUACAUGGUGUGGAGAGAUGGUGGUGGUUUUAAUGGUGAAGCAACAAUACCACUUGCUUUAUAUGGUUCACAGCUUGCACUUAACUGGGCUUGGUCGCCAAUCUUUUUUGGUGCUCAUAAAAUAGGAGCUUCUUUAAUUCUGCAAGGAUUUCUAUGGGGAACAGCAGGUGCUUGUGGAUACGCCUUUGGAACUGUCAAUAGAGCAGCUGGUUUUUUAUUCAUUCCAUAUAUGGCAUGGUUGACAUUGGCAACAGCUUUAACAUACAGGAUAUGGAAAGACAAUAAAGAUAAAAUAGAUUAAUUUAUGAUAUUGCCCUAAUAUAAUGAUAAAUGUGAUUUUAGAAAAGAAAAAAAAAGCAUAUAAAGAAACUGUCUUGUUGAAACUUUUAGUGCAGGUAUUUUAAAAUCAUGCCAACUCAUUGUAAACAUUAAUGCAAAUUCUCAUUGUUUAACUUACAGCCCUUUCACUUGUUAUCGCAUGUGUUUUCUUGCACAAAACACACAAGCUGUACUGCAUGUAUCAUAAAAACAUAAUGCUCAUCAAUAAACCAUGAAAAUGAGUUCAAGGUCAAAUGAACCCUGCCAGACAGGCAUCUCAACAUUGUCAUAACUGUAUAGAUCAACGAUAGCUGACCAUUUAAUUAAACUAACUAAGGAAUUGAUCAAUAAAACGUUAAAACAAUCAGAUAAACCCGGACAGAUAAACGUGUACAUCAAACAAUGAUUUUAGAUAUCUCUUGAUUUUGAUGUAAUACUGAAAAAAAAAUGGCCUAAUCUCAAGAAUAUAACGCUGAUCGAUGAACCAUGAAAAUGAGGGGUCAGAUGAACAAGUCAGACAAAAAUUUAUAUCAAAAAUGUUUUAUAGAUCGAAUAGCCUUUACUUGUUACUUACGGUUCUUAAGAAACUCAAUGUAUGACGAAAACCUAAAAUUUAUCAAUGAACGACAAAACAAAGGUCAAGUUCAGGUGAACCCUGUAGGGUAAAAUGUACAACAUACAUUUUUUCUAUAGUCUAAAUAUGGUUGACUUCUUACAUAAAGUACUUGCGAAACUGACUAAAUAGUUGAACAAUGAAGCACUUAAAUGAAGUAAAUGAAGAUGAACCCUAUCAUACGGACGUUUCGACUUUAAAAUGAUUCUUAAAACCAGAUAGUUGAUAGAGAAACUCACAUCUGCAUGAAAACUGUAUGUUGAUCACUAAACAAUGGAAUUAGGACAAUGUCAGGUAAACCCUGUCUGAUAGAUAUGCACACCUUACAAGAAUUCUUUAAAUCAAAUAUAGUUGAAGAAUUACUCAUAGUUAGUGAAAAGAUCAGGGAAUUUCAAACAUAUGUGAGACAUAGGGAUUACUAUCCAGCUGCGGUGUAAAUUAUUUGUAUUAAGCUUUAUAUUUCAGAAGGUGGAAGAUCUGUAUGCUUCAUACUUGUAUGCAGAUACCUUUUUUCCGAAGUUUUAGUCUGUCAUAAGUCCAUUGUCUUUGACCUCAUUUACAUAGUUCAGGGAAUACUUGAAAAAAAUUGCAGUUUUUUUGUUGUGUGAAUUUCUCACUUAUUAUGAGUAAUAUGAUAACUAUUUAUGGUAUAUGAGGGGCCUGAUGGGUUAUUUUCGUUCUUCGUGAUCGGCGUAUUUUCGCUAUCGUGAUCCGUUUUUCUACAGAUUUAUUUUUUUUUUAUAUUUUCGUGAUCCGUGAUCAUGGAAAUUUAUUUUCUGUGAAUCGUGAUUGACAAAAAAAUCAACUCGUGAAUCAUGAUGAGACCCCCCCCAUCAGGCCCCUCGUAUAUGGGUUCCUUUCAACGUCUACAUGUCCAUCAUACAGGGUUUACCUGACCCCACCUCAUUUCAUGGAUCAGCGAUCAAGGUUAAAAUUACGUGAUUAUGUGCAUUUCUCAGAUACUAUAAGCAGUAGGUCUACUAUAGGUGGUGUAUGGAAUGUAAGGGGUACAUGUUAGUCUGGCAGGUUUCAUCAUGCAUUUACCUCAUUUUGAUGGUUCAUUGGUCAAUGUUAAGUUUUUAUGCUUUGAUCUGUUUUUCGAAUACUAAUAGUAAAAGGUUAGAUAUA